AUGGGCAUGGAGAAUUCGGAGGACGAACGCAGUGUUCUUGCAAGCUCACCCGAAACCCCGUUCAGUGAUACCGGUUAUGAGGGGGAAGGAUCAGAUAGCACCGACAAUGGUAUUAUGAUAGUUGCAAAAAGAACAGCCAGAGCAUUUCGCCCCGACCUCUUCAUGCCGUUGAGCGUAAGAUUUGGAACUUCGUUACAAGCAUUGAUGACAAAAACUGCAUCCUCUUGCUUCUCAAGCGAAACGAAUACAAAACCGUUUCCAAAGCGAGCAUUACCAGAAGACUUAAAACCGUUGAAAACACGAGUUUUUUUUUUGCGCUUUUUUGAAGAAAAAUGGUGCUUGUGA